AUGCCAUACUUCAAGUUUGACGACGACUCGCUUGAGCCUCGCGAAGUCAUCCGACCCGACUUGACUCCCUACGUCGCCCUCUUGAAGACGAAGAGGACGAGAUCUCGCCGCAAGCCAAAGUCAUGGCCAGCGCCCGGUCCACGAGCCUCGCCAGCGCCCAGUCCACGAGCCUCGCCAGAACCGCCGUCAAGAUGGACACGGUUGGACACACCACCGGCGCCGAUCUCGUACCCGGCGAGUGUUGUACCAAGUCCGAGCAACAAGCGCAAGGAAAAAGGUGGAUACUGUAUGCGCUUCUCCCGCAGUCUCGAUCGUUUCCACGAGUACCCAAACGUGUACGACGAGGCGCAGCGCGAGCCACUGCCAACUCUGCUUCGCCUGCCUGCUGAGCUUCGCCAACACAUACUCGACCUCGUCCUCGACGACAACGACCUCUUCGUGCCAAGGCCCAACACCUCGACUCGGGACCUCGCAUUGUGCUGCAAGACAUUUGAAACAGACUUGCGAGAGGUCAGCAAGCUGUGGAAGACGCGCGAAGAAUACCUUCGUGCGCAGCCAAUCCCACAGUUCCGAGCGGACAUGGAUGCCUUUAUGGCAGACCUCCAUGCGCCACUUCGUUCUGCUUCGCUGAUCAAUGCCAGCAUCAGCCGCUUUCGUCGUGCUUCCUUGGUGAACACCAGGGUAACUCGUGGCAGAGUUACUGCCACUGAGGCACGACGUCGGCGGAGGAUGCUGGCACGAAUGGGCAUGGCAAACAUGAGAACGUCGUGAGAAGAGGAAGUUGUGCAUGCACUCCAUACACUCCACGGAGUGCAUGCACAGGAGAAAUGACCACGCUGCUGUAGUGAGAGGCAGGUGGUUUUCUCGCGGCAAUGACCAGAGCGAGAGUCGUGUCCCGGGAGAGACAUGUGAUAGCGUAUAUAGAGC